UGGAGUAUAGUAUAUACAGUGUCAUGCUCAACUCUUUUGAAAAAAUUGAAACUGUUUUUCUAUCAUUCUAGUUAUUCAACCAUUUGCGGGAGAGUCUUAUGUAGCCAAUAAAAGUUUGUUGUAAUAAAAUUAUUUUUUUAUUUUGAUUAAUAUUGUGAAUUUUAUUUUUUUGACGGGUGAUUUGUAAUCUAAAUUUUGCGGAAAGAAUAAAUUCAAUUUUUUUAAGGAAAAAGAAAGAAUUAAUUUCUGAAGAAAAAAAGAAAAAAAAGUAAGCAAAAUGAAUUUUCUCUCUCCUCAAACUCCAACUCGCAGCUGCUCUGCAAUUCUGCAUCUUCGUCCUCCUCUUAAAACCCUAACUACUCUCCUACAACAAAACCACCAUCAUCUACUCGUAUAACCACCGCUAAUCGGUGGGGCCUCUUUCAACCACCUCUCCUCCACCGCCGCUACUAUUCUCGGUUUAGGUAAUCCAGGAAAUGGAAGGAAUUCCAAUUGAAUCAAAAAAGGAAACAGCUUCAGUUUCUGCUUCACAAGUUCAGUCUGAAGACCAUGAAAUCAAAGCUCGGGUGGAUGCUGUUUGGCAGCAGAUGAAUAAAGGGGUUUCUGUGAAGACUAUGAACUCCAUUGUGAACAAAAGUAGUUCGACGGGAACUAAAACUAUGCAGACGGACAAGGCUUCCAAUAACUGGAUGUCAUUAUUGGGUUUGGGAUCAAAGAAAACAAAACCUACUGUGGCAUCAACGAAAGGGAAGAACUCCUCUCCUGCACAAAAUGGAACCAGUGAUGAGGCCAGGAAGCUUGCUGCUGCUGCCCUUGCAGCAGCCAGAGAUGCUGCCACUGCAUCUGCCUCUGCAAUGAACAGGGGGAAAAUUGAGGUGACUGAGGUUCGAGACUUUGCUGGUGAAGAGAUUGAAGUGAAGAAGCUAAUUGACCCGAGUUCAAAAGAGGCAGCUGAAAGGGCAGGGCCAUCAUCUGCCGUGGAUUCUGUUCUGGAACAAAUAAAGAAGAAGCCAAAGCUGAAUCUUCUUGACAAGACCAAAAAGGACUGGGGAGAAUUCAAAGGGGAAAAUAAAGACUAUGAGGAGGAAUUAGAUGCUUACAAAAAGAGUUCAAAUCAAUAUUUAGACAAGGUCUCAUUUCUAAGUAGGGCAGAUUACCGGGAAUUUGAGAGAGAAAGAGAUGUAAGACUUGCACAGCAGGCAAAGAGGAAGCCAGAUACGUGAGAAAUCACUUUUUUAUAUCUUCGCAUGCACUUUACGUAAGUGUAUGCUAUUGCGAGACAACAAAGGCGGAUGUCCUACUCCUAAUUGAUCUAGGAUGUCAUUUUGUCUUAUUGAAGAGGUCUUGAUAAUCUGUCUUAGACUUUGUAUCAAUUUCCAAUUCUUAGGCUGUCUGCUCAUGGGUUACCUUAUUUUUGCUUGUCCUAGCAGCAUAAGAAAGUAUACCAAUCGCUAACCAAAGUGAUCGUUCCGCAAAGCAAACUAAAUUUCCCAGUGUGUGCCCUAAUGAAAUAGGCCUUUGUGGGAUUGAGCCUUGAGGGACUGAUCUUUGGCUUUUUCCAACUCAUAUGAAAAUACUUUUAGAUAAAUAAAUACUCCGUAAUAGGAUGUACGAAAUUUUUAUACUCACA